GGGCGAGGUGCGUUGUCAAGGCGACAGCUUGUAGACACGCCCCUUGACCGUUGAUAGUUGUCUGCCGAAACUUCCGCAAAGUCUUCCCGGUGCAUUGUGGGAACAGCAGCACCAGAUUUCUCUGAAUUCGUAUCCGGCGCCGCUCAGCAAGAUGAUGCCCACACCUGUUAUUCUGCUGAAGGAAGGCACAGACACUUCUCAGGGGGUCCCCCAGCUUGUGAGUAACAUCAAUGCCUGUCAGGUGAUUGCAGAGGCCGUGCGCACCACCCUGGGGCCCCGCGGGAUGGACAAACUCAUUGUUGAUGAUAGAGGCAAAGCCACAAUUUCAAACGAUGGCGCCACAAUCCUGAAGCUCCUCGAUGUGGUUCAUCCUGCAGCCAAAACUCUAGUGGACAUUGCCAAGUCUCAGGAUGCAGAGGUGGGAGACGGCACCACCUCUGUUACCCUGCUGGCAGCGGAGUUUAUGAAACAGUUGAAGCCGUAUGUGGAGGAAGGACUUCACCCUCAGGUUAUCAUCCGGGCUUAUCGCUCCGCCACACAGCUUGCUGUCAGUAAGAUAAAGGACAUUGCAGUGACUGUGAAGAAAGAAGAUAAAGAAGAACAGCGCAGCCUGCUGGAGAAAUGUGCAGCCACUGCCCUGAGCUCCAAGCUCAUCGCCAUGCAGAAAGAUUUCUUUGCUAAAAUGGUAGUGGAUGCCGUCUCCUUAUUGGAUGAUCUGCUGCAGCUGAAAAUGAUCGGCAUCAAGAAGGUCCAGGGUGGUGGUGCCUUGGAGGAUUCUCACCUGGUGGCUGGAGUCGCCUUCAAAAAAACCUUCUCUUAUGCAGGCUUUGAAAUGCAGCCCAAGAAAUACCAAUCCCCAAAGAUUGCUCUUCUGAAUGUUGAGCUGGAAUUAAAGGCAGAGAAGGACAAUGCUGAGGUCCGGGUCAACAACGUAGAGGAUUACCAGGCGAUCGUAGAUGCAGAGUGGAAUAUUCUCUAUGAUAAACUGGAUAAGAUUUACAAGUCCGGAGCCAAAGUGGUCCUCUCCAAGUUGCCCAUCGGGGACGUCGCCACCCAGUAUUUUGCUGACAGAGACUUGUUCUGUGCAGGGCGAGUCCCAGAGGAGGAUCUCAAGAGAACCAUGAUGGCGUGUGGAGGUUCCAUACAGACCAGCGUCAAUGCCCUGACGGAUGAUGUGCUGGGUCAUUGCGCUUUGUUUGAAGAGGCUCAGGUUGGAGGGGAGAGAUACAACUUCUUCACUGGCUGCCCAAAGGCCAAGACUUGCACCAUCAUUCUGCGCGGUGGAGCUGAGCAGUUCUUGGAGGAGACAGAAAGAUCUCUGCAUGAUGCCAUUAUGAUUGUACGGAGAGCUAUCAAGAAUGACUCUGUUGUAGCUGGAGGAGGAGCCAUUGAAAUGGAGCUUUCCAAGUACCUGCGGGAUUACUCCCGGACUAUUCCUGGCAAACAGCAGCUUCUGAUUGGCUCCUAUGCCAAAGCUCUAGAAAUAAUCCCCCGCCAGCUCUGUGACAAUGCCGGCUUUGAUGCCACCAACAUCCUUAACAAGCUGAGAGCAAAGCAUGCCCAGGGAGGAAUGUGGUUUGGAGUGGAUAUAAACAAUGAAGACAUAGCUGAUAACUUUGAGGCGUGUGUUUGGGAGCCGGCCAUAGUGAAAAUCAAUGCACUGACCGCUGCUUCUGAAGCCGCCUGCCUCAUCUUGUCUGUGGACGAGACCAUCAAGAACCCACGAUCCUCAGCAGAUGGAGCUCCGGCUGGGCGUGGCCGUGGGAGACCACAUCACCACUGAAAUCUCUAGGUCACGGCACUGCUGGGUUGAAACCAUGGAAAAUGGUGAACGUCCCAGUUUCAUUAAGUACAGACACUGAUGAACUGCUCUUGGCUCCUUGUAGUUAACGACCUGCUGCAGAAGGAACACAAACAUGGCAGCUGAUGCAAGUGAGUGGCGGCCAUUUAUUUGUGCUGCUUUAUACAGGGGCCACUUACUUCAUAUGGAGUGACGACGGUUGUUCCAUUAGUUGUAUGUGUCCUUGUUACAGCAGUGUAGGAAGGAUUGAAGUCAAGCGUAGAACAUGAUGAUGAUGAGGAGGAGGAGGAGAUGCUUGAGGUAGUUGCCUGUGGUUCCUCACUGCUCUGUACUGCCCUCAAUCCACUUACCUGUUCUGUUACUGUAUUUAUUUCCAUUCAGCAAACGCUACAAAGCUAAUAAACGCUCUUCCUUCAAUUAAA